ACCAAGCAGAGUGUCUUUAAGACCCAGCGGAGCUCGGCAGGGAAACCCCGCGGCUUUAGUUGCCUCUACUCUCCCGAGUGUCAGCUAGUUAUUAGUCGGGAGGCGCUGUAGCCAUUUCGCCGCAUGAAAGCCCGAUGAGCUGAGCGAGCAACAUCCAAGCGGCUCAUGGAGAAGAAGAGAAAUCAGCUUUGAGAAGCCCCGCGCGCACACACACACACGAACUCGCGCGUAAAGACGCACGGACACUUCCUCCUCCUCCGUGGAAAAAGAGAGAGAGAGAGAGAGAGAGAGAGAGAGGCGAGACGCAAACUUCCAACUCUCCCAUGUGGAAGCGAGAGGUUCGAGGAUAAGGCAUAAUUUAUUUUUUCCUCCUCUUCGCGGCUCCGUCCUCCGCUCCCUCCGCUCCCUCUCUCAGUGUUCCUGCCCGGAGAGUUGUGUUUCUAUGAGAGUCUCGCUCGGUGAGAAGAGAAGUUUGGUUGCCUGCGUGGUCGGCCGAGGAGGAGGAGAAGAGUCGGGUUAAAAGUGGGGGAAGAAGAUGGUCCGCAGCGCCGCUUGGACACGGAGCUUGCUGUGCGUCCUGGCGCUCAGCCUCAGCCUCACGCCGCCGCCGUGCAAAGCUCGGAUUUACACCAACCACUGGGCAGUGAGGAUAGGCGGGGGACCCGAUGUGGCCGAGUGGAUAGCGGACAAAUACGGCUAUAGGAACAUGGGACAGAUUGGGGAUCUCAAAGAUCACUAUCACUUCUUCCAUAGUCGGACCAUCAAGCGGUCGACUCUGUCCAGCCGUGGACGCCAUAGUUUCAUAUCCAUGGAGCCCAAGGUGGAGUGGAUACAGCAGCAGGUGGUGAAGAGGAGGAUCAAGAGGGAUUACAAACCAUCCCCACCCCUUUCUUUGUCAAGCCCCGCCCACAGCAGUCCGGCCCAGAACAACAUAUUCUAUAACGACGCCAAGUGGAGCAGUAUGUGGUACAUCCACUGUAACGAUGACGUCCACAACUGCCAGUCGGACAUGAACAUCAUGGGGGCUUGGAAGAGGGGCUACACGGGAAAAGACGUAGUGGUGACCAUACUGGAUGACGGCAUCGAGAGGAACCACCCAGACCUCUUUCAGAACUACGACCCUCAAGCGAGCUUCGAUGUCAAUGGCAACGACAUGGAUCCAAUGCCUCGAUAUGAUGCAACCAAUGAGAACAAACACGGGACACGAUGUGCAGGCGAGGUUGCUGCAGCUGCAAACAACUCCCACUGCAUUGUGGGAAUCGCCUACAAUGCCAGAAUAGGGGGUGUGCGAAUGCUGGAUGGAGAUGUAACAGACAUGGUGGAGGCCAAGUCUCUGAGCCUUCAGCCGCAGCACAUUGACAUCUACAGUGCCAGCUGGGGACCCGAUGACGACGGGAAGACUGUGGAUGGGCCAGCGUCUCUGGCCAGGCAGGCCUUCGAGAACGGCAUCCGCAUGGGGAGGAAAGGCCGUGGCUCCAUCUUUGUUUGGGCUUCAGGCAACGGCGGGCGCAGCAGAGACCACUGCUCCUGUGACGGCUACACCAACUCCAUCUACACCAUCUCCAUCUCCAGCACGGCCGAGAGUGGACGGAAGCCCUGGUAUCUGGAGGAGUGCUCGUCCACGCUGACCACCACCUACAGCAGCGGGGAGAACUACGACCGAAAGAUUAUCACAACAGACCUGAGACACCGGUGCACAGACAGCCACACAGGGACAUCGGCCUCGGCUCCCAUGGCUGCUGCCAUUAUUGCUCUGGCCCUGGAGGCAAAUACUCUUCUGUCAUGGAGAGAUGUACAGCACAUCAUCGUGAAGACCUCUCGAGCCGGACAUCUCAGCGCCCCUGACUGGAAGACCAACGCCGCUGGUUACAAUGUCAGCCAUUUGUACGGCUUUGGCCUGAUGGACGCUGAGGCCAUGGUGAAGGAGGCAGAGCGAUGGAGGCAGGUCCCCUCUCAGCACGUGUGUGUGGAGAGCGCAGACCGACAGAUCAGAACCAUCCGACCAGAGCACGUGGUUCGGUCUGUGUACAAGGCCACAGGAUGCACCGACAACCCCAACCACCACGUGAUCUACCUGGAGCAUGUGGUCGUGCGUAUUACAAUCACACACCCUCGCCGUGGAGACCUGUCCAUCAACCUGACCUCACCCUCAGGGACCAAGUCUCAGCUGCUCGCCAACAGGUUGUUUGAUCACUCCAUGGAGGGAUUUAAGAACUGGGAGUUUAUGACCACCCACUGCUGGGGAGAGAAGGCAGCAGGCGACUGGGUCCUAGAGAUCUAUGACUCCCCUUCUCAACUCCGCAGCCAGAAAGUGCCUGGCAAGCUGAAGGAGUGGUCGCUGGUGCUGUACGGCACCUCUGUGCACCCAUACUCAUCUCUGCGCAACGAUAAGCCUCGCUCCACAGACAUGCUGACGCCCACCGAUGAGGAGUUCACAGAGGAGUAUAAUGGCCCCUGUGACUCUGAGUGCAAUGAGAACGGCUGUGAGGGUCCUGGACCCCAUCACUGCAUUAACUGCCUCCACUACUUCCUCAAGUUCAAGAACAACACCAGGAUGUGUGUGUCUGAGUGCCCCAGCGGCUUUUUCCGUGACGAUAGGAAGCGCUGCAAGAAGUGCUCCUCGUUGUGCGAGACCUGCGUCGGGAGCCGCAGUGACCAGUGCACCACAUGCAGGAGCAGCUUCCACCUCAACGAGGGAUCCAACACGUGUGUGGCCAACUGCGGUGACGGCUUCUACCUCGACCAUGAUUCCAACAUUUGCAGGAGAUGUCCGGAGAACUGCAAGAGGUGCAACAGCUCCAAUAUCUGCACAGAAUGUAAACCGGGGAUGAGUCUUCAAGGGAACAAGUGUCAGAUGACCUGUGACCAAGGGACUUACUACAACGGACACAGGCGGACUUGUGAGCCCUGCCAUCGGGCCUGUGCCACCUGUGCAGGCACAGGUAUAGAGGCGUGCACCAAGUGUGCAGAGGGCUACUUACUUGAGGACUGGCGGUGUGUGUCAACAUGCAGCACCGGCUACUACCUGUCAGAGCAGACCUCAGACAAUGGGCAGGUGCAGAGGUCCUGUAAGAAGUGUGACCAUAGCUGCUACGAGUGCUCGGGGUCCGGAGAGAGAAACUGCAGCAGCUGCGUCAGUGGUUACAAUCUGGAGGCAGGAGCCUGCGUGGUCAGCACCAUCUGCAAAGAUGGCGAGUACCUGAGCAAACACAAACAGUGCCACCUGUGUGAUGUGACCUGUCUGCAGUGCACAGGUCCAGAGAGAGACGACUGCGCCAGCUGCCCUCCAUCACGGUUCUUCGAUGACGGACACUGCAACAUCCGCUGCCAGACAGGGCGCUACUCCAUGGGGAGGCAGUGCUACCUCUGUCACCACUCCUGCCACGAGUGUAACGACGAGGGACCAGACAACUGCACCAGAUGCGACAGAGAUAAGUUUGGUGAGACCAGGUACUUCUUUCAGGGUCAGUGUCGGGAUGUCUGUCCAGAGGGCUUCUUCCACUCUGUAUGGAAAGAGUGUGAGCCCUGUCCUGAAGACUGCCUCAUCUGCACUGCAGUAAACCACUGCCUCCACUGCAGCCCAGGACACAAGCCCAGGAACGGCCUGUGCGUCCCGCUGGAGUGCAGCGCAGGUGAAGUUGCAGACGACGAGGACUGUCUCCACUGUGACGAGGGCUGUAAACAAUGUGAACGCAAGGAUUCAGGAGAGCAGGAGACUGUUUGCCUCAAAUGUGAAGAUGACUACUACAAAUUAAACACAGACUGCCAUCAGUCUUGUCCAGAUGGGACCUACAGCUCAGACAAGGACAUGGUGUGUACUCCCUGUGAGGACAAACGAUGUGUGAUCUGCGACCAGUCCCAGUGCUACUGGUGCGAGGGAGGACACUACGUCGCUGAUGGAGAAUGUGUGGAUCACUGUAAGGACGGUUUCUUUGUGGAUGAGGAGAGCCGGGAAUGUGAGCCGUGCCACCGCACCUGUCCUACCUGCGGAGGGCCACAAUACGACGACUGUGACUCCUGCCAGGAAGGAUUCAUGCUGGACAAUGGGGAGUGUUUGGAGGGAAGUAAGACGGCCACCUGCUCCGAGAGACACUUCAGAAAUAGUCACGGUGAGUGUGAGCAGUGCCACUCCUCCUGUAAGACUUGCUCUGCUGCAGGGAAGGAGGAAUGCAGGAGCUGCUCCUCAGGUUCAUUUCUGACUGCUCGACAAACCUGCACAUCUCACUGCCCAGCAGGCACGUUUUCCAACGAGGAGACCAGCCUGUGCGAGGACUGCUCAGAGGGCUGUGUCAUGUGCCAGGACUCACAGCAAUGCCAGCGCUGUCGGAGUGGGCUCUACCUGCAAGAUGGAUCGUGUGUUGUGGAGUGUCAAAGAGGGUUCCCCCAAGGUGGUGAAUGCCGGCCGUGCGCCCCAGAGUGUGCGUCCUGCCGUGGCAAUUCUUCCCACUGUCUGAGUUGUGAGGGUCACUACUUCCUGCUGGACGGUUCCUGCAGGUCAAGCUGUCCAAAGGGGUUUUACACCACAGACGCAGAGUGCCGUCACUGCCCAGCUCACUGCAACGAGUGCAAUCAGGACGGCCUCUGUAACAAGUGUGACCAGUACUACUUCCUGCUCGAGGCCAAGUGUGUGGACGAUUGUCCUGACGGCUACUUUGCCAGUGAGACGCAGCAGGACUGUGUGCGCUGCCAUGCUGAAUGCGCCUCGUGCGACGGACCGGGUUCGGACGACUGCGAUGCGUGUCGCAACCCGAGAGCUGUCCGUUACAAAGGAGAGUGUCUGGCCAAGUGUGUCAGCAGCACUUAUUAUGAUAAGUCCACGAAUGAAUGCAGAGAUUGUGACCGGUCCUGUUUGACCUGCUCAGGCCAUGAGCCCUCGUCCUGCCUCAGCUGUGGCAGCGACAGACGCACAGAUGCCAGUGGACACUGUGUGUGGUUCCACCAGUGCUCUCUGGUUUCAUACAUGGACCAGAAUGGGGAGUGUCAACAGUGUCACAAAGUCUGUCAUCGCUGUUCUGGCCCGAGCAAAGACGACUGCCUCAACUGCAAAGAGCCAAACUUCCUAUUGAACAGCACGUGUGUGCAGCAGUGUCCCGUGGGUUACUAUGCCGAGGACAAGGAUGAGCGUGUGUGCGAGCGCUGCCACUUCAGCUGUGAGUCGUGUGUUGGCCGCCAUAGUGUGGAGUGUCGCACCUGCAAGCCUGGAUUCUUCAGGCAGGGAAGCAGCUGCGUGGAAACCUGCUCUGAAAGUCACUUUGGCAACACAACCACGAUGGUCUGCGAGCGCUGCGACCCCUCCUGUAGCCAGUGUUCGGGUCGUGGUAACAGGAACUGUCUGAGUUGUCGGCAGGACUACGUGUACCUGAGGCAGUGGGGACAAUGCCUGCAGAGCUGCCCUCCAACCUACUACCAAGAGAAAAGGUCCAACCACUGUUACAAGUGUCACCCAACGUGCAAGAGCUGCAACGAUGAGGGCGCUCUGGCCUGUCUGUCCUGUUAUGACGGCUACACUUUCAUGGGUGGAAUCUGUGAAUCCCAGUGUCUUAUAGGCUUCUAUGCUUCAAAGGGCUCUGACUCCAGGAGGGAUGAGCCCAGCUGCAGGGCGUGUGACGACUCCUGCGUGGACUGUCGAGGUCCCAGCAUGUGGAAUUGCACCGUGUGCCCUGCACUCCAGAUCUUGUCCGAUGACGGCCGCUGCUUGAGCUGCUGUGGAACUGAGAAACGGCAGGAUGACAGGCCGAUAUCCAGGCAGUGCUGUGACUGCGAGGCCUCACGAGACGAGUGCAUCAUGGGUGUGAACUUUGUGAUGGAGGCAGCCGAGGCUCAAGGCCGAACCCCCAAACUCUUCAUCACGGUUUGUGUUCUACUUAUUGUCUCCUUGGGUGGAGGGAUCUUCCUCUUCCUCAGUGCCCGAGCUAGAACCCUCGCAAUUGCACCCAAAACCAAUUCUGGAGGAUAUGAGAAACUGGAUUCCAAUGGAGGCAUCAACCCAGAGCCCACCGCCUCUGCGUUUGGGGACUACAGUGACAAAAUCGUUGAAUGUAAGGAGGAUGACGAAGAAGAGGAUGAUGAUAUCAUAUACAUGGGACAAGAUGGGACAGUGUAUCGGAAGUUUAAGUACGGACUCUUGGACGAAGAUGAGAUUGAGAUGGAGUAUGAUGACGAGAGCUACUCACACAGUUGAGGAAUGUAGAAAAUGUAAUAUUAAAAAGGAAAUGUAAUAUUUGGCCGUUUUGUUGGCCGAUUG